UUCUUCACAAGCUGUCAAAGCUAUAACAUCGUUAUACUUAAUUCAAAGUGUGAGUUAAACAGCCGGACCAAAGAGGCCAGACCUGAGGACUUUGUCAAAGACAAAGACAGAUACUACAUGGCGAGAAACUCAAAACGAAUCCCUCUCGGCUCUAUUCCUGAGCUGCCUGCCUAUUCGUGCCGAGAGAUUAAGGCGAGUGAAGGAGGACAAUCAGUCAGCGGUACCUACUGGUUGGAUUCCACCAGGUCUGGGAACUCUAUUCUAGCUCACUGUGACAUGAAAACAGAAGUCGCAGAUUACUGCAUUCAACACCAGUGCCAAAACAAUGCCAGGUGCACAAAUCAUCACGUGAACUACACGUGUGCCUGUAACUCAUCCGGGUGGACUGGAAACUUCUGUGAGCAAGAUGUCAACGAAUGCAAGAAAGGUCUACAUGGAUGCCAUGCUGACGCCACGUGUAACAACACUGAGGGUUCUUACAAUUGCUUCUGCAAAGUAGGAUUUGCCGGGGACAUACUCCCAUGA